UAACUCCGCUGCAGCCUGAGGAGAGCCAGACACACUCUCAGGCCCCGAAUAUAGAAAAAUUAUUGGGAAAAAUCGGAAAAAAUAUCCAAGCAACAGAUCGGGAGGAGAAAAGAGCGUGGAGCGGUGGCGUGGGCUCUCCCACAGCGGGUUUUUGGUCCGGUCCGGGAUGGGAGGCUACCGGGAGUCCUUGUGAAAUUGACUAAUGCGAUGCUGGAAACUUUCUGCACAGUAAAGAUGCAAAGCAGUAUUUCCCACUCACCACCAACCAUAGCUGUUGGGACUGGGUGAGCACCAGAGUGAAGGAGAGGAGCAUCUAAAGAAGAGGCAAGAAAGAUUUUCACUAACAGAUUUUGGUUUACCUUGAUGUUUCCUGUGGCUCAUUGGCUCUUUCUGUGAUCAGAUCUGUGUUGUCUUCUUUUUCAACAACCCCUGACCUGCAACUUCCCAAGUUGAGCCUGGGAGGCAGGGGAGCUACAAGUGAAUUUUCAUGGCAGCGGCACUCUAGGGCUGCCAUGGCAGCUGCUGCCGCCGAUGCCUCACACCGUAUUACCGCACUGACGCCGGAGGAAGAGGGACGACGGACUGCUGCCAAGCUGUUUGGGAGCGCCGCCCCACUGCCCCUGACAGAAAGAGAGCGAGAGCGAGACAGGGAGAAAGAGAGAAAGGGGGAGGAAGGAGGAGAAGAGGUGGGGAGAGCAAGUGGGAACGAGUGUUUGGUGUGUGGGGCUCUGUUCACCUCACCAGAGAAGCUCCGGCUCCACGCCUUGAGUCACACAGGAGAGAAACCCUUCCACUGCUCACAUCCACACUGUCCCAAGGCCUUCAGCUCCAAAUACAAACUCUUCAGGCAUAUGGCCACACACUCUCCGCAGAAGACCCACCAGUGCUCAUUCUGUGAGAAAAUGUUCCACCGCAAAGACCACCUGAAGAACCACCUGCAGACCCAUGACCCCAACAAAGAGGCCUUCAAGUGUGAGGAAUGUGGGAAGCACUACAACACCAAGCUGGGAUACAAGCGCCAUGUGGCCAUGCACUCGGCCACGGCAGGGGAUCUCACCUGUAAAGUGUGCAUGCAGAGUUACGAGAGCACACCUGUUCUCCUGGAGCACCUUAAGAGCCACUCUGGGAAGUCCUCAGCCGGUACUAAGGAGAAAAAACACCCAUGUGACCACUGUGACCGGCGUUUCUACACACGGAAGGAUGUGAGAAGACAUAUGGUGGUCCACACAGGCCGAAAGGACUUCCUAUGCCAGUACUGUGCCCAGCGUUUUGGCAGGAAGGACCAUCUGACGCGCCAUGUGAAGAAGAGCCACUCGCAGGAGCUGCUGAAGAUUAAGACAGAGCCUCCCGAUAUGCUAGGUCUCUUAGCUACGGGCUCUCCGCCCUGCUCAGUGAAGGAGGAGCUCAGCCCCAUGAUGUGCGGCAUGGGGCCCAACAAAGACCCCAUGAUGGGUAAACCGUUCCCUAGUGGGGCACCUUUUCCAAUGGGCAUGUACAACCCCCACCAUCUCCAGGCCAUGUCAAAUUCUGGGGUGGGUCACCCACACCCAUCUCUGAUGCCAAGCUCCUUGUCUGCCGCUAUGGGCAUGGGUUGUCAUAUGGAAUCUCCUGCAUCUCUUCACCCACACUCCCAUCAUCAUCACCAUCACCACCACCAUCACCAUCACCACCAUUCCCCUCCACUGCCCCCCCACCAUCAACCUCCGGCUCCCCAGCAGCAGCACCAGCCCCAGCCAGCGCCCAAGUACCAGCUGGGAUCUACCUCAUACCUGCUGGACAAGCCCUUGAAAGUGGAGAUGGAGAGCUUCCUCAUGGAUCUGCAGAGUGGCUUGCCAGGCCCAGUUCCCUCUGCAGAGCCCCACGCUGCUGCUUCACCCCCCAAGGAUGGGCUGGAGCCCGCCACGGGCCUGGCGGAUGAGCUCUGCGGGGAUCCCCUUCUGUCUAAGAGCCCUGCAGUGAUCGCUGAGUCUCUGUGUGCUGCUAACAUGGACUUCUCCCACCUGCUGGGUUUCCUGCCCAUCAACCUGCCUCCCUACAGUGCCCCCAUGAGCACUGGAGGGCUAGUCAUGGGUUACACCUCAUCUGCGACCUCCUCAACUUCCUCUUCUUCCUCUUCAUCGUCUCUGCACACUGCUGAGCCCCAUGCUGCAGCAGUUGCAGCGGCAGCAGCUGCUGCUGUCGCCACAGCACCUCUUACCUCUUUGCAACCGCAACCUCAGGAGCAGCAGAGCUCCAGCGGGAGUCUGGGUCUUGGAUCUCUGCACCCCCUCCCACCAGUGUUCAGCUCCAGCCUUAGCACCACCACAUUGCCUCGCUUCCACCAGGCCUUCCAGUGAGAGUGCCGGCACCUUGCGUCUUGCCCAGCAGGAACGGCCUUCGCACCAGCCUCAGCUCAAUACAGAUGUUUCGGGCUAAUCAGAAAGUUGGAAAAUUAAAAUGAAAGAACAUUUAGAAGCCUUAAAUGAAAGUGCGCACAAAAGCUUUUGAUUGAGCCUUAAAAGGAAUUUAAACCCCUUUAAGCAAAAAGGAAAAGGUGAGAAAAAAAAGUUGAAGCAGCUUUUAUUUUGGGCUUUUUUUCCCUUAUCCUAUAGUUAUACCAUGUAUUAACCCUUGUUUUUUUGGGGGUUUUUUCUUCAUUUUUUCCAUUUUCAUUUAUUUUUAUCCCCCCUUUUUAGUGUUAUAGAAGGCAGAAUCAGUGGGCCAAAAGGCAUGGUACUGCAUACUUUCUAAAGUAAUACUAUAAAAAAAAAUCAAAGAUAACUUUUAGAUUAUCUGUUUUGU